AUGUUACAGUAAGCGUCAUCGAGGUUUUUAUUCGAUUUUUUCUCGAAAAUCUUCUUAUUCUCUUCUAUUCUAUUAAAACUGUCGUAUUUUACCUUUCCAAAAAAUUAUUUUACCAUUUUCCAGCUCCUUUUCCCUCCUGGCCUCAUUUCCCAAAGGAAUUUCCCGCCAGUUGAGCAACACAAUCAAGAGAUUUGCCUCGAAUCGACACGUUGUGGUCCCAAGUUAUCCUCUCCGCAAGAAGCCUGGGAAAACUGUCAGCAUUGAGGUUGCGCAACCAACUGAUAUUGCGAUUUUUGAAAAGUAUUGUAAGACUUUAUAUCAUGCGGAGCCGUUGGCCAUAGCUUUUGGUGAGUUGUUUUCUUUUUCGCCUUUUUUUGUCGAAGUGAUACAAAAAAAGCGUAUUUUGUUUUUUUAUAUCAAACUGUCGGAAAAAUAAUGAGCACAAUGGUGCUACGCCAAUCAGGUCGCUGAAGUCAAAAGAAAUUUAGUAAUUUGUCGCGACACAAUUCAUUUUCCCGGCAGCGAUGCGAUUUUUGAUGCGGCGGACUGUUCAUUAUUUUCCCGACAGACUAAUAGUCACUCCUUCGAAGGACAGUCAAUUAUUAGAACUCUUGAGAAAAUGUUUUACUUUUUUCAUUUUCAAGACUUUUCUAAUUUCAGAAUGCCCUCCAGAAGAGGUCUAUAAGCAUUUCACCUUGCCUUUGAUCGAACGGGCCCUUCGUUUCCCGUAUACUAUCAUGGUAAUGGACGGCGAUCAAAUGGUUGGAUUCAAUUUGAGUACCAUCGAAGUUUUUGACGAGCACCGGCCUCUCGCGCCGGUUGAUGUGGAUGACUUUGGAGAUGGUAAGAGAUAGUUUUUUUCCAUUUUUGGUUUAAAAAUGCCCUGAUUGGAUUUCACUUUCUUCUGUGUUUUAGUAGUCGAAUACUACGUGAAAUACCACGGUGUCACGGAGAAGAAGAUGAAAGAUUUUCUGGGGAUUUCUUACUACGCCGGUGACGUUGUCCCCAAUUUUAUGCCCAAAAUGGAACGAUAUGUCCUGGGGCAUGGUGCGCUGGCUUCGGUGGCUAAGGAGUACACUGGGUAAGGAAAAAAUGAUAAAUUUGGACCUUGUUUAGAAACGGCCUCGUCUCCGCCGUUCUCAUCGAAACUGCCCGUCAAAUGGCAGCCGACCGAAUUUGCAACUACAUUCAUGGGAACCCCACGGCCAGUGAGUCGGCGAAAGUGGCGCCAAGAGUUGGUCUGGCGGAAGUUUGGCGCCUCAACUUCAUUGACAUCAAAAUUGACGGGAAGUUUGCGAUCAAGAAGAGAAAAGCCAAAGCCGGCCUUGGAGCAAUUGCUGGGAACUUUGGCCUGGUUCAGGAUGUUGCCAAAUACGAGUAUUUGAAAUAG